ACCUUCACUCUGAGUCCCUAGGCGUCAUCCCUUCGCUGCCCACCCCUGUCCACAACCAAGCUGUCAUCUGAGGCCUAGGAUUGCCAAUCUGCCACCAUUGUCCUGGAGUCUCCAGCAAUUCAGGGUUAAUCUCUAAUUAAGGGUUAUGUCAUGGGACGAACCUCCAGGAAUACGUCCAACCAAAACUGGCCACCCGAGCUGGGGGUGAUUGGAACGGCGGUGGGUGGAAGCGAUGGCACAUUGGCAUGUCUCAGCCAGCGGAGAUCAGGUCAGCCAAGAAGAUAUGACUUCCUGGAGGUAAAGGGAGAUGGGAGGUGACCAAAAGGGGGGUGACUGAAAUGCAGCAGCUGAUGGGAAGAUUUUACCCACCCGCAGCCACACGUACAAUUUGGUGGAGUCGCUUCGGACAGAUGACUCAAAAUUACCCCAAAUCCCCAUCACAGCUACCUGCAACCUGACAGCUCCCCCGAAUAUCGCUAGCCAGCAGUUUGGUGUAGCUAUCGGCCAACCAUUCAAGGUCGUGCCGGUAAGGACAGGUGUGGUUAGAAAUGUCUCGUGACAGAGCCGAUGAAAAUGACGUGGAAAAUUGACAGGGCUGGAUUGCCGACCCAGGGUGGGAAUUCACACCCGUUGGCCCCCUGGUUUGAGAACAGAGCAGGGAUUGGUGGCCCAGUGUAGGAUGCAGCCCUGGCUGGGGAGCUGCUCCUGGGGACCAUCACCAAGCCAGGAUGGUCCAGGAGAUGCCAGCUGCUGCUGUGCUGACCCCUGCGCCAGGGCAGCCGGGUGGGGUAUCAGACCAGAUGCCCCAGCUCUAAACACGCCAACUGCCCCUGUCUAAGUAAGGGGAAUCCUCCUCAAUCAUACGCAGUACAGGGGCUAAGAGACACAGAUGAAUGAGGAUGAUUCUAGGGGGCAGUGGGAUGCCUGCACACACACACACACCAGCCUGUCCCUCACACAGUGAAUAGCACAUGCUCAAACACACGCACACAUAUCCGGCCCUUGUCCCCCGGCCUCUCGCUGCAGCCAUCUCAGACGAUGACCACAAAACUUUCCACCGCCCCCUGGGGCUGAUGCUUCCGGAGGAUGCUGAGGCUGAGCUGAGCUGGCCCCACAGAGCCGCCCAGAAAGCGGGGACCAUGGAGCAGCUGCCAGCCCUGAGCACCGUCCUCUGCACUGUCCUCCUCAUCCCCAUCGGGGGAGCAGGUCUCAGAGUCCUUCAGAGCCCUGCUGACCUCCGAGCAUCCCCCGGUGAGACCGUGACACUUAACUGCUCCUUCGAGAACACACAGGGCAGCAUGGCCAAAGCGACCUGGACCAGAGCACCCAGAGUUGUGCUGGAUUCUGCCCAUCCCUUCUACAGGGGGCGGCUCAGUAUGUCCCACCUGGAUCUGCUCCAGAAAGGGGAGGCCACUCUGACCCUGUCGGAGCUGGAGCUGCGGGACUCUGGUCUCUAUCAGUGUCACAUCAGCAUCCGCAAGGGAGAGAGCGGGACGGGAGCGGGCACCGAGCUGCUGGUGACGGGGAGAAACCAGAGUGACACAGAUAAAGUACCAGCCCCCUCAGGGAGCUGCGCCCGGGAGCUCCUGUACCAGGUCACCAUCGCCCUGGGGCUCCUUCUCAUCCUUGGCCUGGUGGCCACCCUCCUCCUGAAGAGACACCGAGCCCCACCCCACUCGCAGCCCCGCCAGCGGCAGCCGAAGGGCCAGGGCAGCCAGGCGGCUGCGGAGAGCGAGAGCCUGCACUACGCAGAGAUUAAAAUCCAGACCCCAGGACGCAGGGACCACACGUCCAACCACUCCCAGCAGCGCUGAGUCCCUCACACCCAGAGCCACGCAACCACGAGGGAAUUCCCCACAGGAGGAGACCCUCACAGGGUUUGCGGGACAGCAGAAGAAAACUAUUGGCGUGAAGGUCCAUGUGAACCCCAACAAAACCCAACUUGCCCUCUGUACGGCAGGGAAUAAUCUACUAGGGCAUGGUCUUACCCUCAGGAAAUGCCUUCUCCCGGUGCCUCCUGAAGUACUGUAUAUAUCACGCCCCUGUGCGUUAUUUCCCUGGCCUCUCCGGAGUGAUUGCAACGCCUCCCUAUGGAGCAUGAUCAGUAGGGGUAAUUAACACAGUAUUUAGUCCCUCUUCCUAACUGAGCACAAAGGGAAACCCUAGCCCACCUCAGCAUCGUGUGGGCGGUGGAAUCUGUCUAAAUGACCAGAGUGACAGCUCCAGCCAGCUGGAGUUGCUCAA